AUGAACCGAGCUAUCAACGAUGACGAUGAGGAUUGGACAAAUCCUAAGACAGAUAUCAUGCAGCUCGUACGAUCUGGUGCCGUCCAAGAUGCGAUCCGACGCCGCUACAACCACACCUAUAUCGGCACAGGUAGCCUUACCUCGGCCCCCCAACUCUACCAACCGGCCGACCUAUCUGCGGAAACUUGCGAGAAAAGUUGUGCAAGUCUGCUGCGCUGUUGGACAAACGACGUUCGAUCGCACAUUAGCAGGUCCCUUUUCUGGGUGCUAUUAGUAUCUGUAACACUUCUCGGCAUAGUGCUGCAUUCGAAGCAAAGCAAUGUAGCACCUUUGCUCGAACGUCCGUACGUGUUCACAGUAUUUGCCAACGCGACGGAUGCGCUGGCCAACACGACAGGCUUCAAAAACGAAGCGAUAACAUCUUAUCACGCAGAGAUCAAGCACGCACAUAUGCUCGUUCAGGGGAUUCCUAGCCGGGAGAAGGCAGUUGCCUUGGUCAUUCGACAGCGAAUGAUACCAAGUAUCCAGCAGCUAAGCUGCCUACUGCCGGACGGAGCGCCAGUCAACCACACCGGCUUCUCUAUCAACUCAACGCUAUCCUACGCUCACAAUCUCCUCUCUUACUUUGAGGAGACCCUCGAACCUGUGAGCAAGCUCCUCGAAGCUUUGGCGCUCGACUACAGUAGUAUUGCAAAGCAGCACGAAGCCCAUGUCAAGUACGAAAGUACCUUGACCCGCAAACAGUAUCAUCCGGAGCCUAGACGAUCGGAAGACACAAGCACUCAGCUUGCGCAGCUCGACUCCGACACCAGAGCACUCCAGUAUACGCGCGACGCUGUUUUGUCAGAACGAAAUCUGUGGCAAUGA